AUGCUGGCCGCCACUAUCACUUCACACCACCACACAACACAAACACUCAGCAGCAGCAGGUACAGCCGCAGCGGCCCGUAUACCACGGUGGCGCCACAAGCAGCACCAGGUAACACGGGCGACCCAGGUGGCUCCUGCGAACCUCCAGAGCGUGGCGGCGAGGGCGGCCCGCGGGAGGAGGGACAGGAGCAGGCCGCCGCGCGUGAUUACGACCUGACUACGCAUAUCUGCCCACCCACAUCGUGCCCUUACCUGCACCCACCUGACCCCCAGCAAGUACCCCACCAAGCACUGCCCCAGAACAAGCCACGUCGCCCCCUGGAGGUGAUGGAGACAGAACCUCAUAUACCCCAGUACAUCAGCCACAUCAACCCCAAAAACUUCCCACAGACCCCGGACACAGAAACACUCCUGCGCACCCCAAAAACCCUAAAAACACCGCAAGAUACACCCAGGGACACUCAAAAACACCCACAGAGUCCCAGAGAUCCUACAGUCCUGAGUCCCUUAGAGUGCCACCCCCCAGCCACUUCGGAGCCCAGCGGAGCCCCCACAGAGCUACACAGUCCCCCCUCAGAGACCACUAGAGCCACCCAGAGCCCUCGCAGACCCCCGACAGCCCCCGACAACCCCCCAGAGACCUCCACAACACCCCUGCAUCACUUGUCGGGCAGGGCGGCGCCUCGCGAGAUGGACAACCCCAAUCACACCCUCCCACACUGCUAUACCCUGGCUCGGUUCUCCCACACCUCCCACACCCAGACUACACCCACAACACCCCAGGAACACACUCAACGGGGCACCAACACCUUAUUUCAGUAG